CACCGACACCGGCACCGGCACCGGCAUCGGCACCGGCACCGGCACCCGUAGCAACAUCAGCAGCAGCAUCGACACCGAUACAGACAGCAACACCGGCAUCGGUAUCAGCGUCAACACCGGCACAGGCAUCGACACCGGCAGCAGCACCAACACCGGCAUUGACACCGGCACCGGUAUCGGCAUUGGCACCGGUAUCGGCAUUGGUAUCGACGUUGGCACCGGCUCCAGCAGAGCCCAGCCAGGGUCACUCGUCCUGCUCGGCACAGCGCCUGCGCCCAAGGACUUGGAGACCUUGGCUCGUCCUCCACCUGAGAGCAGUUCCCAGGGGGACACUGGUUGGAGCCGGAGGGGUCCCAGCCGGGAGUCCCCGUCUCCCGUGGGGUCCCUCACUGGCUGGGAGACAUCGGGAGGGGGAACCGCCAGGCCAGGGAGUGGAGCAGGAUCCUGGGCACGGGGUUAGCAUGACUGAGGUGGAACCCGUGCUGGACUUCGCAUCCUCCGGGAGAACGGGCCGGCGCAAUGCCCUGCCCGACAUCCUGGGCUCGCCGGCCGGCGUCAGCCCCUCUGACCUGCCCCUCAAGCUGGCCGAGAUGUCCCUGAACGCAGGCAGCGCCCAGGAGAUGCAGUCACCCUCGGCGGAGGUGCCCCCUCCACAGCCCCCCAGCCCCGAGCUGAAGGACACGUCCUAACCCCGCUCCCGGGGGGAAACAUUGCUGUCCAGCGGAGGAAAGAGGAGGCUGCAGAGCAUCAGCCCAGCUUUCCUGGCACGGCCGGAGUCCGCUGGGUUUUCCUCGGUGCUACGGCGGCGAGACCGUCGGGUGUCAUCUCCCCCCCGCCGUGGGGGGAGCAUCGCAUGGCGGGGACCUGCCGUGACGAAGGGGCGAUUCCCACCCACGCCCUGGGCGAGGACCUCGGGGAGGGGAUUCUUUUGCCUCCCCGGGGGGGAGGAAUAUUUUUCUUCUGGGGCAUUUGGCAGAACCGAGCACAGGGGGUUCGCCGGGGGGACCUUUCUCCUUGUCGCAGGAGCAGCCCGCGGGUGUUUCUAGCUGAGUGUGGUGUUCACUGUGAUGUUUUGGGUACCA